GGCCGCUAUUGUGGUUGGAUCUCAAGUUUGGGUUGAGGAUCCUGAUAUAGCUUGGAAUGAGGGGCAUGUUUUGGAAGUCAAGGGUGAGGAGAUUAAAGUAAAAUGUACCUCAGGGAAGACGGUUGUAGCUAAGGCAUCUGGUGUCUACCCAAAAGAUACUGAAGCCCCUGAAGCUGGUGUGGAUGAUAUGACAAAACUUGCCUAUCUGCAUGAACCUGGAGUUUUGGCUAAUUUAAAAAGUAGAUAUACCAUGAAUGAAAUUUACACUUACACAGGUAACAUAUUGAUCGCUGUGAAUCCUUUUAAAAGGUUGCCUAGUCUAUAUGGAAAAGAUGUGAUGGAAAAGUAUAAAGGAGCUGUAUUUGGGGAAUUAAGCCCUCAUCCUUUUGCUAUUGCAGAUUCUGCUUACAGACAGAUGGUGAACGAUGCGAUAAGCCAGUCAAUUUUGGUUAGUGGAGAAAGUGGAGCUGGCAAGACCGAAAGCACAAAAAGUCUUAUGCAAUAUCUUGCAUAUAUGGGAGGUAGAGCUGCAUCUGAGGGGAGGUCUGUGGAACAGCAAGUCCUUGAGUCAAAUCCAGUUCUUGAAGCAUUUGGCAAUGCAAAAACAGUGAGAAACAACAAUUCAAGUCGCUUUGGUAAAUUUGUUGAGCUUCAGUUUAACAAAAGGGGAAAAAUCUCUGGUGCUGCUAUCAGAACAUAUCUGCUGGAACGAUCUCGUGUUUGUCAAGUGUCUGAUCCUGAAAGAAAUUAUCACUGCUUCUACAUGCUUUGUGCUGCACCGCAAGAGGAUGUUGCAAAAUACAAAUUGACAAAUCCUAGGUCAUUUCAUUAUCUGAACCAAUCAAACUUCUAUGAAUUGGAAGGCUUGGAUGAAUCUAAAGAGUACCUUGCUACUAGGAGGGCUAUGGAAGUUGUAGGAAUCAAUUCUAAUGAGCAGGAUGCAAUUUUUAGCGUUGUGGCUGCAAUACUUCACUUGGGUAAUGUUGAGUUUGCAAAGGGAAGUGAGCCUGAUUCUUCAGAACCCAAAGAUAAUCAAUCUCGUUUCCAUCUUAAGACUGUAGCUGAACUUCUCAUGUGUGAUGAGAAAGCACUUGAGAGUUCUUUGGUCAAACGCAUCAUGGUGACUCGCGAUGAGAAGAUAACAAAAUCACUUGAUGCACAAGCUGCUGCAAUCAAUAGAGAUGCUCUUGCAAAAACUGUCUAUUCUAGACUAUUUGAUUGGCUGGUGGACAAGAUAAACAAUUCUAUUGGCCAAGAUCCUGAUUCCAACCUUUUAAUUGGGAUUCUGGAUAUUUAUGGAUUUGAGAGUUUCAAGACAAACAGUUUUGAACAAUUUUGUAUUAAUUUGACUAAUGAAAAACUGCAGCAACAUUUCAACCAGCAUGUCUUUAAGAUGGAGCAAGAAGAGUAUACCAAAGAACAAAUUGACUGGAGUUAUAUUGAGUUUGUUGAUAACCAAGAUAUUCUCGACCUCAUAGAAAAGAAGCCUGGGGGAAUCAUUGCUCUACUUGAUGAGGCCUGCAUGUUCCCAAGGUCAACAUAUGAGACUUUUGCUGAAAAGCUCUAUCAAACCUUCAAAGAUCAUAAGCGCUUCAGCAAGCCAAAAUUAAGACGGACUGACUUCACUAUUUGCCAUUAUGCUGGCGAUGUCACAUAUCAAACUGAGUUAUUUUUGGAUAAGAACAAAGAUUAUGUCGUUCCAGAGCAUCAAGCAGUCCUCAGUGCUUCAAGAUGUUCCUUUAUCUCAAACUUGUUUCCACCCCCAGCUGAAGAAACUUCUAAAUCAGCAAAGUUCUCCUCCAUUGGUACCAGAUUUAAGCAACAAUUGCAAUCAUUGCUUGAGACACUCAGUGCCACAGAGCCUCACUACAUUCGCUGUGUUAAGCCAAAUAAUCUUCUAAAGCCAGAAAUCUUCGAGAAUCCAAAUGUACUUCAGCAACUUCGCUGUGGGGGAGUUAUGGAGGCAAUUAGGAUCAGUUGUGCUGGAUUCCCCACUCGGAAACCAUUUGUUGAAUUUGUUAGUCGUUUUCGUGUCCUUGUUCCUGAGCUUAUGAAGGGCAGUUACAAAGAGGUCGCAAUUUGCAAAGACAUUGUCGAGAAGGUUGGCCUCAAAGGUUAUCAGAUUGGAAAAACAAAGGUGUUUCUUAGAGCUGGUCAGAUGGCAGAACUAGACUCUCAUCGAACCGAGGUCCUUUCAAGAUCUGCAUGCACUGUUCAGAAAAAUGUCCGCAGAUAUUUUUCCCGCAAAAAGUAUAUCAUGUUGCGGGGUUCAGCCAUAGGAAUCCAAACUGCGUGCAGGGGUCAACUGGCACGCAACCUCUUUGAAUGCAAGAGGAGAGAAGCGGCUUCUCUGAUGAUCCAAAAGUAUGCACGAAUGUUCAUUGCAAGGAGAGAUUAUAGAAUAUUGUGGGCUUCAGCAGUGUCCAUCCAGACCCCAAUGCGCCGGAUGGCUGCUCGUAAUGAGUUUAAAUAUAGAAAAGAAACAAAAGCAGCCAUCUUAAUUCAGAGACAUUGUCGUGGACACUUGUCACGCCUGUCUUAUAAGAGGGUGCAGAAGGCUGCGCUUGCUGUACAAUGUGUGUGCAGGGUUACAUUUGCCCAAAAUGAACUACGCAGGCAUAAACUGGCAGCAAAAGAAGCAGGUAAUCUGCAAAAAAAUGUUGAAGAGCUAACUGAGCAAUUGAAAAUGGAGAAGCGCCUGAAGCUUGAAAUGGAGGAAGCCAAAAACCAGGAAAUUUCUAAACUACGGUCUGCUUUAGAAGAAAUGGAGGAAGCCAAAACCCAGGAAAUUUCUAAACUACAGUCUGCUUUAAAAGAAAUGGAGGAAGCCAAAACCCAGGAAAUUUCUAAACUACAGUCUGCUUUAAAAGAAAUGGAGGAAGCCAAAACCCAGGAAAUUUCUAAACGACAAGAAAUAGAGGAAGCCAAAACCCAGGAAAUUUCUAAACUACAAGAAAUGGAGGAAGCCAAAACCCAGGAAAUUUCUAAACUACGGUCUAGUUUAGAAGAAAUGCGGCUUCGGUUUGAAGAAGUUAAACAAUUUCCCACAGACAUUGGAAAGACUGCUACUGUGGAGGAAGCCAGAACCGUGGAAAAUGCAAACCUACAGUCAGCAGAAAAGAUUGAUGAGCAGAUGAUUGCAAACCUACAGUCAGCAGAAAAGAUUGAUGAGCAGAUGAUUGCAAACCUACAGUCAGCAGAAAGGAUCGUCAUUAAUCCUGAUGAUCCUGAAGCGAUCAAUAAGCUUACUGAUGAAAAUGCAAAGCUUAAGGCUUUACUUACCUCACUGGGGAAGAAACUUGAUGAAGCAAACAAACUUAGUGAAGAGCGGUUGAAGCAGGGUAUGGAGGCAGAGUCCAAAGUAAUUGAGCUAAAGACCGAAAUGCAGAGGGUUAAUGAGAGAAAUUCUGAUUUGGAAACUGAAUCCCAAAUACUUCGACAACAAGCAUUGUUGAAUUCAGGAGGGUCCAGAAGAAUGUCUGGACAUCUUUCAUCAACCCCUGAGCUUUCAGAGAAUGGUGAUCAAGAAGAUGAAAAUGUGUCACCCAAGGAACUCGGCACAGAUCCUGAUAGGCUGUUGAGCAGAUCCCAAAAUGAGAGGCAGCGGGAGAGUGUUGAUAUUCUUAUCAGAUGUGUCUCAGGACAUAUAGGGUUCAGUGAAGGAAAGCCAAUUGCCGCAUUUACCAUAUACAAAUGCCUUCUCAACUGGAAAUCCUUUGAAGCAGAGAAAACUAAUGUAUUUGACCAUCUGAUUCAGAUGAUUGGUUCUUCUAUAGAGGAUGAGACAAACAACAGUCACAUAGCAUAUUGGAUGUCAAACACAUCUAUGCUAAUGUUUCUACUUCAACAGACACUAAAGGCUACUGCUUCAUCUCCACUUCAAGCUUCCCAACCAACAUCCUUUUUAGGAAGGAUGUUUAGGUCAUCUUUUACUGCAUCCAGCCUCUCAAUUCGUGGGCUUGAUGGUAUCCGACUGGUUGAAGCAAAGUAUCCUGCUUUGCUGUUCAAGCAACAGCUCACUGCCUAUGUAGAGAAGAUUUAUGGAAUCCUUAGAGAUAACAUGAAAAGGAACCUUUUGCCUAUACUUUAUUCAUGUGUCCAGGCACCUCAAAAUGAAAACUCUUCAACCAGUCCCUGGCAAAGCAUGACUGAGAGCCUUAACAGACUUCUUGACAUACUGAAAGGAAAUUAUGUAUUUCCAUUUUUUAUCCAGAAUAUGUUUGUUCAAAUUUUCUCUUACAUGGAUGUACUGUUAUUUAACAGCCUCCUUAGCAAAGAUAAAUGUACUGUCAAAAAUGGGGAAUAUGUCAAAACUGGGUUAGGUGAAAUAGAACGAUGGUGUGGGCAGGCAACAGAAGAGUAUGUUGGUUCCUCUUGGGAUGACUUAAAACAUGUAAGGCAGGCUGUGGGAUUCUUGGUUCUGCAAGACAAAGCAAAGAUUAAAUACGAUGAUCUUACAACUGACUUGUGCCCUGCUCUGAGUAGUCAACAGCUUUAUAGAAUAUGUACACUUUGCGUGGAUGAGAACAAUACUCAAGUUGUGUCCCAAGAUGUAAUUUCAAGAAUCAAGUUACUAUUAGAGGAUUCAGAAGAAGCUGACAGUAGCAACUCUUAUAUGCUGGAAGACAGUUUGAGUAGCAUCCCCUUCUCAACUGAUGGCCUUUACACUUCCCUCAAGGAUAUUGAUUUUACUGGUGUGAAAACUGCCGAAGAACUCAAUGAAUAUGCACUCUUUGAAUUUUUAAAAGAGUAAUAAGGCGGCUUCAGUGGUACGGUUUCUUCAGCAAUACACUUACUUUUCCCACGUAAAUAUCAGAUCGAAAGAUUGUAUUAGAUGAUGAAGGGUUCUGCUUGCAUCCAAUUGUAUAUAUAUAUAUAUACUAUACACCCACCCUCAGCUCUGAUUUUUUUUAAGAUCAGAUUUUUGAAAAAGCUAAGGAGAAAUUAAUUAUUACACCAACAGCAUCAUAUCAUAUCCAUCACCCCAGGCCAGGCCAUUACAGAUCAGAGUUGUUUACUUUUGAAAUUUUGUAAAAUUUUAGGUGUAGUAAAGGAUAUAUAGAGAGCAUUGUUACUUUGAAUUAUCCUGCAGCUUAGUACAUACAUAGAGAUUGAACUACCUGUAGCCAAUUCAUGGCAACAUUCUUGAUUGUGUUUGUACUGGGGUAAAAGGCAGUCAAAAUAUAGUAUAAAGUUUUUUUU